GAGGCGCACAACUCUAGACCUACACCCGCACGGGGAGGCUCGGCUCUCGGGAUGCGCGAUAUCGACUGAAAUGGAGAAAUAAAACGCCAUGCAUCCAAAACAACCGACGCUGUCGCCUUAUUCCGGACAUUGAGAGCCGUAUCGCCGCGUAAUUAGCUGGAGGGAGGGGGAUCGAAAGGGAAAGGGGGUCGAUCAUGGGGAACGAAGCGAGCCUGGAAGGCGGCGAAGGGGCACUCGCUGGAUUACCAGCGGGACUCGCACCUGACGGGAAGGGUGGCUUCAUCCAGAUGCCCGCAGGGGUGGAGGCAGACCUCAGUAAUCUGUCUGAGGAGGAAAGAAAGCAGCUUGUGGCCGCUAUGGCCAAAGCGCAGUCCAGGCCACCAGAGACUCAAGCUGGUGGAACCAGAGUCCCAGCAGGUCUCAGUAAAAGUCGGACUGUAGAUGCAUUUGGAGAGGGGCCGCCUCCCAAGCCAAAGCCUGGACGGAGCCCCUCCUCCCUCAGCCUCCUUGAGUCACGUUUCCGGCAGGAGCCCAAAGACCCAGAACAACCACGGACCGGCAUGUUCUCGUCUGGCUUCUUGAGUGGGGCCAACCCCCUGAGUGCAGUCUCUUCUGCUGUCUCCUCUGCCAGCAUCCCAAAGUUUAGUUUGUUUGGUGAUGAUGAGGAAGAGGCGUCUGGAAAGCCUCCACAGCAAGGGGGUAAGCCACCUCAGCAAGGUCCACCUAAAGGACAGGGGCCUGAAGGUAAGCCUGGAGGUCCUGGUCCUCAGCAACAAGGACCCAAACCUGGUGGACCAGGACCUCAACAAGGACCCAAACCUGGGGGGCCAGCAGCCCAACAGCAGGGACCUAAACCUGGGGGACCAGGUCCCCAACAGGGACCUAAACCUGGGGGACCAGGGCCCCAACAGCAGGGACCAAAACCUGGUGGACCAGGACCUCAACAGCAAGGGCCUAAACCUGGAGGACCAGGACCUCAACAGCAAGGGCCUAAACCUGGAGGACCAGGACCUCAACAGCAAGGGCCCAAACCUGGAGGACCAGGACCUCAACAGCAAGGGCCCAAACCUGGAGGACCAGGCUCCCAGCAACAAGGGCCUGGAAAACCUGGUCCAGGGGUUGCAGCAAAAUCCAGUGGACCUCAACAGCAGGGAAAACCUCAGCUGGAAGGGCCUGGUAAAGCUAGGAAAGCAAUGUGUCCUCUUUGUAAUUCUACAGAGCUGAAUGUGCAGGCCAAAGACCAGCCACCCAACUAUAACACCUGCACUCAGUGUAAACAGCAGGUGUGCAGCCUGUGCGGCUUCAGUCCACCAGACUCAGCGGGUAAGGAAUGGUUGUGUCUGAACUGUCAGAUGCAACGGGCAGUGGGUGGCAUGGAGCCUCCUGGACCUCCAAUGAUGAAACAGCCCCCCAAGCAGGCUUCUGCACCUCCCUCCCCACAAAGGAAAGAGCCACCAUCUGGGUCUCCCGCCAAGGGUGAGCCUGGAAAGAAGCCCCCAAUGCUGACCAAACAACAGAGUAUCGCUGAUACGGGGAAAGGAAGUACACCUCCAACAACACCAAAAUCUGGACCACAGCAGGGACCUCAGCCUGGGCAACUAGGGGCCAAGCGUGGACAGCCUCCACCUCUUCAAAAACCUUCACAGAGCCCGAAAGGUAGUCCUCAGCCUUCUCCCGCAAAAACUACUCCGAAACAGGAUGGAGGAGGCUUUUUUGGGGGAUUUGGUUUGGGGGGAUUGACAGAGGUCGCAAAACCCUCUGCAGGUGCCCAGGCUACCGAAUCAGUCACAGGGAAACUCUUUGGUGGUUUUGGCGGCUCAUCCAAACCUCAGGCUGGCUCCGCUGCUCAGGCCAGCGAGUCGGUCACUGGAAAACUCUUCAGUGGGUUCAGCGGGCUCACAGAGUCGGCUAAACCUACAGCAGCAAGUUCUCAGGCUGCCGAGAGCGUGUCUGGAAAGAUGUUUGGUUUUGGCUCUUCCAUCCUGAGCUCGGCCACCAAUCUCAUUUCUGGGGAGGAAUCAAAAUCUCCCCCAGAAUCUCCUCCAGGAUCACCCCCUGAUUCCCCCAUUGGGUCUGAAGCAGACUCCCCUUCUGGAUCCCCCCCUGAUUCAGGCUCAGAGUCACCUCCUGACACACCACCUGUUUAUUCCAAAGACAAAGCAUCUCCCAAACCCACAGCUGCUGAAGGAAAAACAUCAGUGGGCAUGCCCCCUCCAAAAUCGACAGAAGUAAAGGAGUCUCCAACUCAAGUUUCAGGCUCUGAGGCCUCAUUCUGUCCACUCUGUAAAGUGAAGCUGUACGUGGGUUCAGGAGAGUCACCCAACUACAGCACCUGUACGGAGUGCCAGAAGACUGUGUGCAACCUGUGUGGAUUCAACCCCACUCCACAUCUCUCAGAGAAAGAAUGGCUCUGCCUAAACUGCCAGACUCAAAGGGCUCUCUCUGGGCAACUUGGGGAUAUGCCACCUCCACCUUCUCCAUCCAAGCUACCAGCCAAACACGAACCCACCCCUCCCUCCUCCCCAGCCCGUGCUGCAUCCUCCACCCCUUCCUCUCCUGCACCUACUGCCACUGCUACCCCUGCCAAAGGGCUAACACGGAUGCCCAGCAUAACUCAGGCCUCAGCUGAUAAGUCUGAGCCAGUCUCAGCCAAAGUUGAUGCUAAAGAUGUCAAAAAUACAGAUGCAGAACAAGGGGUUACAGCAGAGCCAGUACCGAAAAGUACACAGAAUAAAGAAGAGGCUGCUGUCCCAGUAAAAGAGAGUGAGCUACUGAGGGAGCCUGGUGAGAAAGAUAAAGAAAGCAGCCCCACGAGUCCAUCAGACUUGGCCAAGUUGGAAAGCACUGUCCUUCCAAUACUAGAGGCUCAGACAACAUCUAAAGAGGAAUCACAAACUGAAACUCCGAAGGUCAAGCGUCGUCUAGAGGUGUUGCCAAUGUCUCCAGAACCCAGCUCAGAGGAUGACCAACAUGGAGAAGCUGAAGAGCAAAAGAUCGAUGCACAAAAAAAAGAGCGGAAAAAGCUCCUGGUUCCAACUGAUAUCCAAGGAGAUUUUUUUGAGGACAGUAGUGAGGGAGAACCUUCACCUAAACUGCAAAGAAAAAAGCCUGUUGGAGAUAAGGAAGUAGAAAUGGAGAGUCCUAUGGAUGAGGAGGAUUUCAUCCGGAAGCAGAUCAUAGAGAUGAGCGCAGAUGAGGAUGCAUCACCAUCUGAUGAAGAAAACUUUGCUAGACGGAAAAUUAAAGAUCAAGAAAAGAAGCAAAUGGAACAAAAUACAAAGAAAGAUGAUAAGGACAAAAAUGAAUUGUCUAAAGGAAGACGCCUUCUCAAAAAGAGCAGUAUCAGUCCAGAAGAUGAGCCUGAAAGAAAGAGUAUUAUCUCUGUGACUAAAAUUGAAGAACUAGCUAAAGGAGAACAACCUUCAGUAGACAGUGGAGCUGGCAUACGACAUUUCAAAACAAUUGAACUCAACAGUACAGCAACUGUACGUCAGACAUCAGAUGACGGUGAGCUAGAGAGCCUUACAGACUCUCCUGAUGACAGGUCAAGAGGUGAAGGCUCUUCCAGUUUACAUGCAUCCAGUUUUACACCAGGAACAUCUCCAACAUCUUUAUCUUCUCUUGAUGAAGACAGUGACAGCAGCAGCCCAGGUCAUGUUCGGUCUAGUGGUGAGGGCAAGCAGCAGAGGAAAGCAAAGCACCGGCAGCCAGGUCAGAUGCUUCCUACCAUUGAGGAUUCAUCAGAGGAAGAGGAAAUGAGAGAAGAAGAGGAGCUUCUGAGAGAACAGGAGAAGCAGAAGGGCACAGGAAAAAAGUCAAAGAAAGACAAGGAAGAGAUACGGGCACAGAGAAGGAGAGAAAGGCCCAAAACUCCGCCAAGCAACCUCUCACCAAUUGAGGAUGCAUCUCCGACAGAAGAGCUACGACAGGAAGCAGAGAUGGAGGAAUUCCGCAGGUCUUCCUGCUCAGACCUCUCCCCAAGCAUGGAAUCAGAACCAGAGAGCUUUGAGAUUCUCCCAGAAAAAAUUGUUGCUGUCCAAAAAGUGUAUCAGUUACCAACAUCAGUCUCACUGUACUCUCCAACGGAUGAGCAACAUGUUGAUAGUCAGUCCAAAGAAAAGAGAAAACACACAUUAAAAAGUGCAGAUGAGGCAUAUGAAGAGAUUAUGCUCAAGGUCAAAUCUCCAAAUAAUGAUGGAAAGGAACAUCCACCUGGUAAAGAAUCUCUUUAUGGAGGCAUGCUGAUAGAAGAUUAUGCAUAUGAGUCUCUUGUAGAUGAUGCAUCCUACGAGCAGGAACCAAAUAAACUUUUUGUGUCAGAGAAACCCCAAAAACCCCUGAGGUCACCUGAUGAGGUUUAUGAGGACAUGAUGCAAAGAAAAAAAGAGCUAAUGCUUAAGGAAAAAGAGAGAACACCCAGUAAGUCUGUAGAAGAUGUUCCUAAAGCAGAAACUGUGUUGCCCGAUACUGACUCAAGCAAAGAUCAAAGCACUAUGUCAUCAAGCAUCACAGGCCAGUCUGGAAAGGAUGGAAGACCAUUAUUAGAUGCAGAAGCAGCCUAUGAAGAACUUAUGAAAAAGCAAAGAACAGUACUAACCCCAGGAACAAGUCCAACUCAAGCAGGCCCUGAUCUGAGUGCCGUGGCACAAGGGACAACAAUAGCCCAGGUUGAAAAAACUGAGCCAGCACCCCUACGUAGAAUACUGCCUAUACCUGAUCUGAGAGUGACACAGUGCUCAUCAGGUGAAGAGGAAUCUGGUGAAGAGAGCAUUCCUGAUCAAACACAGGACUCUGGGAAAGCUAUAGCUUCAGUUACAAAGACUGAACCAGAACCACUUGUGGAUGAGGCUUUCCAGAAAACAUCAGCCUCAGAGCCAAUCAUAGAUGAUUUGCCACUACAAACAGAAGUAACAUUGCCUGCAGUAUCAAGUGAUUCACAGGAUGCCACAGAGAAAGAUGUAGGAAUUGAGCAGACAGGUGUUGUUGACUUGUCCAAGUCACCAGCCCCUAGUCAUAUUGACUCUUUUACAGCACCAGUUCCUAGUAUAAUUUCAAGACCUUCAGCCCCAGUAGUUGUAAGUGUAUCACCUUUGCCCACAGUACCACAAUAUAUAGUAUCCACUACACCUAGUGUUGUAUCAACUGCUCCACCAGUUCCUCCCAAACCAGUAGUACUACGCAGAGCUGCAUCUCUAGAAAAAGCAGACAUUCCAGUUCCCCCACCCUUACCCCCUCCAACGCUACCCAAACCCUCUGUGUAUCCCAAAAAGACUCCACCACAGGUCCCCCCAAGAACUACUCCAGUUGGCAUGCCAACCACAGGAGACAGUGUACCAAUAAGACAGCCUCUAACUCCAGGCUAUAAGCCCCAUGUUCCUCCACCUGUACCACCUAAGCCAUCCUCUAUUCCUGCAGGCCUAACCUUCAGUCACAAACCUGGGGAGACUGUUAAACCCCCCAUAGCUCCCAAACCCAUGGCUGGUGCUCAGCCACCCUUUACAGCCCACACACCUGCAAGACCUACCAUACUGAGUACAAGCAGUGCAGAUAGUGUCCUUAAUCUAAGUCCUUCUGCUGAAAGUAAGGCCACAUCUCCUCUCAAGUCCCCUACAUCACCCAGGUUUGGCAAGGUUUUACGUGACACUUAUGUUGUUAUUACUUUGCCAUCUCAGCCUGGUUCACCUACAGAAGGUAUCAUGACCCAAGCCUCAAUAAGUCCUAGCCAAGAAUCACCUCAGAAACCGCCUCCUUCACCACCUCAACCACCUCCACAGUCACAAACAACUAGAGUACCUUUGGCAUUCACGCGAAUUACUGAAUCUAUUGAAAGUCAAGAAAUAUGUGGUCCAGAGAAGGUAGUUUCUAGCAUGAGUCAUGUCUACGAGGCUAUUUCAGCCUCAGCACAGCCUCAGUCAAUUAUUCCAAAUGUUGGCGUUCAGGUAGUUACCACUGAAGUCCAAAGAACCACGGUGUCUGUUGUGCAUGAACGAACACCACCUCCACGUCCCAUUCCAAGAGCCACUGGCAUCUCUGUUGUUCAAGAUAACAUAAAACCCGAGCCAGUUCAAGUGCAGAAUGGUCAUGCCUACCAUCCUGGUGAAGUGGUGGAUCUCCGAACCCCAAAAUUAGAUGCAGAAACAUCCAUGAAAGGUGUGGAUCUGUCUUCCUCUGAGUCAAGACGACAGUCCCUUGCUUUUGAUAGUGGUGGACGUCAGCAAAGUGCUGUGCAGUCAUCUGUAGUAAACCUAAGCACUGAUACUUCCUCAGUCUCAGUAGUUACUGACAACAUCACCAUCCUCACAUGCACAGCCACUGUAGCUUAUGGGGGAGAUGCAUCUCUGUCCACAUCAAUGCCUCUCCAACUUACAACAGCUAAGUCCUUUGAGCCUGUGUCUCAAAUUAUUUACAGGCCUGUGGAUUCUCAACCAGAGAAACCCAUAAAUCUCUCUACAACAAUUUGUAAAACUGUUCCUGUAACAAUGGCUCCUACAAAUGCAAGCAAUGGAAUUGGUGCAACUGUACCACCUCGUCUAGAAACAGGCUUAUCCGGUGCAGUUGACCUCACCACAGUAAAACCUGCACAAACUGUGGUUGCAAUGAAUGGGUCCACUGCAGAGGUGGUCACUGCUGUAAUUACAGAGGAUGAUGGAAAACCAGUAGAUCUUACUGCUGGAAGAAGAGCAGUCUGCUGUGAUGUAGUGUACAAGCUUCCUUUUGCAAGCAGCUGUACAACUCAGCAGCCCUCAGCUCCAUUACCAGAGGAUCGCUUUGGAUACAGAGAUGACCAUUAUCAAUAUGAUCGUACUCCUUAUGGUAUGAGAGGUCUUGGGGGAAUUAAACCCUCAAUGUCGGACACAAACUUGGCAGAGGCUGGUCUCUUCCUAUAUAAAAGUAAGCAUAGUUAUGAUUACAAGGAGGUCACUGAAGGUGCUGUAGACCUGACAUCUGGAAAAAUUUCGGUGGCAGGUGAAGCUGUAGACUAUUCGAACAAGUCUACAGGAGUGUGCACUGGAAUGACAGUUCCACAGUACACACAAGCCAGGAUUACUUCAGCAGUUGGAACCCACUAUGGUGUUUCUAGUGUCCUAAGAUCUUCCAAUGGUAUUGUUUAUUCUUCUGUAGCUGCACCAGUUCCUUCUACGUAUGCCAUAACCACCCAGCCUGGCUCUAUCUUUAGCACAUCCUACAAUACUCUAUCAGGCAUGCACACAAGUGAUACUAUGCCGUCACUGUCAACUCUACAGAAUCAACCUCUCACUAGAUCGCACAGCUUUCUUUCAACUAUUGCUGUAACCACAGCAGAAGAACAAAGCGACUUACCCUUAAAUCUGGAGACUGUUGUUUCAAAGGCUGGCCUUUCCACAGCUCUCGCAGAUGUAGUUUCUACAGUCACCACAGUGGCAGCACUGGACACCUACACAAAUGCUUCACUGGAGGCAAUUGCAGCCUCUUUAGAAGCUCUGUCUUCACCCUUGGUUCCAGGAGAUGGACAGUACCAGAUGGAGCGUGAGCUUCUUGAGCUGGAGAAGAUGAAGCAGCAACGCUUGGCUGAGGAACUUGAGUGGGAGAGACAGGAAAUACAGCGAUUCCGUGAGCAAGAGCAGCUUCUUGUGCAGAAGGAACUGGAAGAGCUUCAGGCCAUGAAACAGCAAAUACUAUGUCAGCAAGAAGAGGAGAGACAGGCCCACCUUUUGAUGCAAAAGGAAACUUAUGCUCAGCAACAGGAGCAGUUAGAGCAGAUCCAGAGACUCCAAGAACAGCUCAGACUUCAGUUGGAGGAACAGAAGUUCAGGCAGAUGUAUCCAGGUGAAGUCCUACCAGAGGCUCUUGUUGUGGCAGGAGAAAGAAAAAUGGACAGUGGCUGCCAAACAGAUGAGGAAGAUAAUACAGAAAAGGCCUACACUGCAGGAAGAAAAAAGAAAAGUACAAAGAAAAGUGUUGAUAGCUGUGUACAGACAGAUGAUGAAGACCAAGAUGAAUGGGAAGUUCCUGCUCGAGGCAGGCGCAGUAGACCACGUGGUGGUAAAAAUGGCAUGGGUGAAAGAGGAGCUGUUUCGGUUCAGGCCCUAACUGAAAUCUCUGUACAGACAGACUCCUCAGGAACACUUAGGGGGCACUCUGUGCAGGUAGAUACUAUAGUAGAUUAUCCUGACUCUGAUAGAACAUCCUCUCCAAAGAGGCGUCCCACUCCACUUGAUAUAGGUCAGUCUCCUCACCUUAAAGCAGAUGCCUCUACUCUUCAGGUUGUCCCAGGUCCUCCCAAAUCCCCAAAAGUACUGUACUCUCCAAUUUCCCCAUGUGUAUCCCCUAGCAAAUCCCUUGAGUAUUUGUCCUAUGAGAAAUCCCUUGGAGACACAAGUCCACAGAGAAUACGCUCUGCCACAGAUCUAUCCAAAGGUCCACCAACAAGUCCUAGGGCUCCCAAGGUCAUACAAAGGUCAAUGUCAGACCCCAAACCCAUGAGCCCAACUGCUGAAGAAAGGGCAGCAGCAAAUUUCCAGUAUUCUGAGGGAUACUCUGGAAAGGGAUCUCCAAGUGGAACUCCAUCUGGCACCCAAAAGAAAGUUAAGAGAACUCUUCCUAACCCACCUUCAGAGGAAGAAGCUGUUAAUGCUGGUCAGACAGCCUACAGCACUGGCUCAGCUCGUCGCCGUCUCUGCCGGAGCACUAACAUGGCACGAGCAAAAAUCCUACAGGACAUUGACCGUGAACUAGACCUGGUUGAGAGAGAGUCCUCCAAACUGCGUAAAAAGCAAGCUGAACUGGAUGAGGAAGAAAAGGAGAUUGACGCCAAGCUACGAUAUCUGGAGAUGGGUAUUAACCGAAGAAAGGAGGCAUUGCUCAAAGAAAGGGAGAAGAGGGAAAGGGCAUAUCUGCAGAGUGUUGCAGAGGACCGUGAUUACAUGUCUGACAGUGAGGUGAGUAACAUUCGUGAAACAAGAGUUAGUGAGGAGGUCACUGGACAUGGGCUUGAGAGACCACGUACUGCACCACAGUCAGAACUUGAUGAAUUUGUUCCUCCACAGACCAAGCACGACCAAUAUGGAAAAUAUUCCCAGUACCAGUACACACAGUACCAGCAGUCCUUGUACCAGCCUCAGUCACCAUACCAAUCCCAGUCCAUCUACUCUUCUGUUCCUUCUCUGACUGCCUCACAGCAACAGAGCUACCACCAAAUGCUCUUGCUCCAACAGAAAGCCAGACAACAAGCUGCUCUCCUCUCUGAAUUAGAUUCUACCAAAAUCGCCACCAACUAUGACACCUCAUCUUACUUGGGAGGAAAGUAUGGGAACCACCUUGACUUGCAUAGCCUAGAAGAUCGUGCUGGCAGCAUGGCAGUCAGUCCUAUGUCUAAUGUAUCUGCUGACUCCUUCUAUGCAGACUUAGAGCAACAUCAAACACCAAGGAGCUAUAUGCUUUUAGAAGAUGCAGCAGAACUUGCAAAAAGCACUGGUAGCCUUUCAUCUUCCAGCUAUGGCAUUGCUGAGAGGGAGCUAGCCAAAGCAGAGCGUCUUCUGAGACGUACUGCUGCAGAUGUUGGUACAGACUACCUGGGAAGCUCCUCCAGACUUCACUCCUAUGGUAAGGCUCAAGAUGAAGAGGACCCAAUGGAAGAACCAUUUGAGCUGAAGCUUUUAAAACAACAACUGAAACAGGAGUUCCGGAGAAGCACAGGGGGCACUGAAAGCUUAGAGCAGCUUGCUGGACUCUCACAUCACUACACCCCCAGCACUGGAGUGUCUAGUGGAGGCUACAGGGCCUUCCCCAAAACUGAAAAGUACAGCAUCAGUAGACUGACCUUAGAAAAACAGGCUGCCAAGCAGCUUCCAACAUCAAUGCUCUACCAGAAACACAAAAACACCAGCAACAUAGGCAAGUACUCCUCCAUCCAGGAUAGCAGGGCUCUAGAAACAGACUAUAGCAGCUACUUGGGUUCCAGUAGUGCUUCUCCCAGAUCAAGCAGACUUCUGCAGGAUGAGAUCACCUUUGGGCUACGCAAGAACAUUGCCGAGCAGCAGAAAUACCUGGGCUCCACUCUUGGGGCCAAUUUGGCAGGUUCGCUUAAUCUAGGCCAAAGCCUAAAUCUGAGCCCUGGCAUGAGGUCCUCUUUGGGAGAAGACUCUGCUUACCCCAGUGGAAGUAGGUCACGACCUUCUUCUAGACCCUCCUCUGUGUAUGGCCUUGACCUGUCCAUUAAAAGGGAUACCUCAAGUUCUUCACUGAGGCUUAAAGCAGAAGGUGACCCCUCCUCAGACACCUCAGCUUUCCAGACUCCAUCAGGCAGGUCAAAACCUACAAGCCUGCCCAUUGUACAAAGUGGGCGUGGACGUAUUCCUAUUGUGGCACAGAACUCGGAAGAAGAGAGCCCACUGAGUCCAGUGGGUCAGCCAAUGGGUAUGGCACGGGCAUCGGCGGGUCCGCUCCCACCCAUAUCUGCCGACUCCCGUGAUCAGUUUGGGUCAUGUCUGUCCCUCCAAGACCCACAACAGCAACAUCUCAGAGAAGAUCCAUCAAGAGGGCGUGGCUAUGUGCUAAUGGAUGAUCUGCAGGGCACCAUGUCUGAUAGUGAAGCACUAAGUGAAUCCCUGGUGGGUUUGAGCAGAGACGAUCCAGGAAACUCACAUGAGAAUGUCACAAACGCAUACCACCUGCGACGGGAGGAAACUGACUGGUUUGAUAAACCACGAGAUGGGCGCACAGAGAACGGACAAGGGGAGAGAAGACAGGGAAAGUCAGCACACUACCCGUUUCCUCACGCCAGAAUAAAACUACAGAGGGAUCCCAAAGAUCGUAGUGUAUCAGGAAACGGACUGGGCAUCCGUGUGGUUGGAGGAAAAGAGGUCCCGGGCAGCAAUGGAGACAUUGGUGCGUACGUUGCCAAAGUAUUACCUGGAGGAGCUGCGGAACAGACGGGGAAGAUUGUGGAAGGAAUGCAAGUUCUGGAGUGGAACAGCAUUUCUUUGACUGGUAAGACGUACGAGGAGGUGCAGGGUCUGGUUGGUCACCAGGUUGGAGAGGCGGAGAUAUGUAUCAGACUUGACCUAAAUAUGCUGUCUGAUUCUGAAAGCUCCCACCUAGACCUUCAAGACCAGACCAAAGGAGACAGACCUCCACGGUCACCAGGUGUGGACCCUAAGCAGCUAGCUGCCGAGCUGCAGAAAGUGUCCCAGCAGCAGGUGCCAUCCUCUUCUGCGUCAGCACUGGAUAAAGCCUCAGCGUCUGCUGGCUCCAGCGCAGUUCCCAGCCCUGGCCAGCCUGGUUCACCCUCUGUCAGCAAGAAACGUCACAGCAAGACCUCUGAGGCUGCAAAAACUCAGUCCCACCCAGUGUCCGGAGAGAUCCAGCUUCAAAUAAAUUACGACAAACAACUGGGAAAUCUCAUCGUCCAUGUUCUUCAAGCACGAAAUCUGGCACCCCGGGAUAAUAACGGCUACUCGGAUCCGUUCGUUAAAGUUUACUUGCUGCCAGGCAGAGGUCAGGUCAUGGUUGUGCAGAAUGCCAGUGCUGAAAACAAAAGAAGGUCCAAACAUGUUCAGAAGAGCCUGAACCCAGAGUGGAACCAGACUGUCAUCUACAAAAACAUCCACCUGGAACAGCUGAGAAAGAAGACACUGGAGGUCAGCGUGUGGGACUACGACAAGAGCUCUGCCAAUGACUUCUUGGGAGAGGUACUAAUCGACCUGUCCAAUACCGCCCAACUGGACAACGUCCCACGCUGGCUGCCUCUAAAGGAGCAGAGCGAGGGCGAGCACCAUCGGCGUUCUCACUCGGGACAGGGCCGCCAGCACUCGCCCAAACCCCCCGGCGGACACGGUAGCCAGCACUCCCCAAAGACCACCGGUCACAGCAAGGACGACUCGCCCAAAUCCUCGGUCAUCAAGAGCCGUAGUCACGGAAUCUUCCCUGACCCUGCCAAGGACACGCAGGUCCCUACUAUUGAGAAAUCUCACAGUAGCCCCAGCACAUCGAAGCCAUCCCUCUCCGAGGGCCAAGCUCGCCCCCACGGAGGCCCCCGUGCUCAUGGCAAAAGUGGCACGGCCCGGGCACACCUUGACGAUGCCGCGGCACCGGCCGAAGCUGCCGGCCAGCAGCCCCGUCUCCAACCAACGUCCCGCAGCCAUAGAUCUGGUGAUGCUCCUGUUACUGCAGCCUCAUUGGAUAGCGGUCUGAGUGGCAGUGCCUUUAGCCUAUUGGAUGAAGAGGGCGGGACCAAUGCGGUGGAUAGUGCAAUCUUCCAGGUUCCCAGAUUUGGAAAGAUUCCAAACGGCACAGAAGCUGUGAAAUCCGCUCAUGGAGAUACAGAGGGUAAGACUCAGGUGAUGGGGGAGAUAAAGAUCGCCCUGAAGAAAGAGAUGAAGACAGAGGGAGAACAUCUUGUGCUUGAGAUUCUCCAGUGCAGAAACAUCACCUACAAAUUCAAGUCUCCCGACCACCUCCCAGAUCUGUAUGUGAAGCUCUAUGUUGUGAAUGUGGCCACUCAAAAAAGAAUCAUCAAGAAGAAGACCAGAGUGUGUCGUCAUGAUCGCGAACCGUCUUUCAACGAAACUUUCCGCUUUUGCAUGAACCCCACAGGUCAUUCAAUUCAGCUCUUUCUCGUCUCAAACGGAGGCAAGUUCGUAAAGAAGACCUUAAUCGGCGAAGCCUACGUGUGGCUGGAUAAGGUAGACCUGCGGAAACGGGUGGUGAGCUGGCACAAGCUGCUGGCCAGCACAGCUCAGAUCCACUCCUAAAGACGGCGGUAGGACGAGGCGCGAGGACAGACCAGGCAGUGGAGCCGCACAUCUCUGCCGCACUCUUUGGGACUAAACUGAGCUGAAUUUGGAGAGCCGACACAGGGAGCUUGCCGAUUGCACUGGCACGUGUGAUUGUGUUAACCCAAGCCAUGGAGAAACAGGUGUAUAAUGGUGUUUACAGAAUGGAUCUGACCCUUAGUGACAAGACGCAGAUCUUUACAGUGGGAAAUGCUCAAAAGAAUUGAGCCGGAGAUUCACACAAUGUUCAUACGUAUAUGUGUACAUGCACUUUCACAAUCACACACUUAUCGACACAUAUUUAUACCGACGUAUGUGUACAUUGGGCCACAACAGACAGGUAGAUAGAGUGAAAGUUUAUUUAUUCCGUUUGUGCAUUAUUCAUAUGAGAACAUUGAUUAUUUACAAAUAGAGAUGGAAAUCAUAUACAUUAUUUUUGUAUGAUAGAGGCAAAUUCAGUUUUAGAUAUUUAUUGUUAUUUUACAUUCCCUCUCAGAUGUUAUUAUGUGUUGAAAGAACUGAUAUUUAAAGCAUAUUAUCAAUGGACUAGAAGAGUAUUUUAUGGUAUAUAUAGACAGAUUUAAAUGAAUGAAUUAUGAUUUAUUGGGUGUUGUGAUGACUUGUUGUGUCAGUAUGGUUAUUUCCACUCACAGAAGUAACACUUUUGUCUUUCGCUGUGUGAUGCUCAGUUCAGAGAUACAGUUAGGAAUCAAAAAGUAGAUAAUUACGAACGUUUAAGAAAACUGCCGGUCUAAUAUGACUCACAAAGAAAUGGAUGGGAAAUCGAAUAAAGUGUUCGCUGAUUGUUAUGAUUUGCGAUCUCAUUUGAUGAAUGUGACAGUCGAAAUAUCUCCAAUAUACAGCAGCAUCAGUUGAAAAUGUCAAAUCCAGCACUGUUGUAUGAUUUGCACUUUGUGUCUCGCAUUUUACGAAUGUAGGUUGGUAGCUUUUUCUGAGUUUUCCUCAAAACAACUGAAACAUCCUGCCAUUUAAAAGUCAAACACUGUCAAUCCCCCACACAAACUCACAUGCAUCUUCUCUUAAAUACUCAAGGAUUAGAGUUUGAAUGGGUCAGUGUAGUGUCUGUCCGCAUAUGUUUUAUUAAAAACAAACUCCUAAACACUCAGGUUUCGAUGAAAAAGCCUUGCUUAAAAGUUGGCUGGCUGAUCUUUGACCUAAGCAGGUUCAGCUUAAAGGCGACAACAAUGAGGAUCAGGGUGAUGACAUCAUAAUGUGUUCAUUUUUGUUUUAACAGAUCAUUUUGGCUGUCAGUUUCUCGGUUUACAUGUCUAAAAGAACACGCUGAGUGCACCAUCUCAUGAUUUCAGAAAGUGUGGCCACUUCGCAAUGCAGAUACUUAAAUGCCAUUAGUGUUAUGUUUUUAUGCCUUUGAAGUUAGUAUGUAUGGAAACAAACUUUACAGCACAUAACCCAGCCAUUUUACAGCUCAAGCACUUACUGAAAUUCACUCAAACGUCCAGUGUUAAGGAUUACGUCAAUCUUUAACCUGUGCCAAACUACCAAAAUCCGCAGGUUCUGUGUAUGUUAUUCUAUGCAACCGAAAAGGCAUAUGGAGUACUUAUUGUUUAGCAGUCGGAGGACAGAUAAAGCAUUACGAAUGAGGACUUUUUUAUUUUUCUAUGUUUUUUUCCACAUGGUAAAUAUGUUUGUUUUAUAUAUAUUUGGUUGUGUCUUUUGCUUGAUGCUUGUUUAAUUAAUUUUUUUUAUUGCUGAAAAAUGAGUUUGCAAAAACGUAGAGUUGAUUAGUCUAUUCAACUAUUUAACUGCUAGUUUUGAGAAAUAAUAUGUACAUAGCAAAAUGUGUUUACAGGAUCAUAGCAGACUGGUCAUCUUACGUUCAUCAUUCACAGUGUCUGGAAACACAACUGCACUCAGCUUUAUAUACAGUACAAUGCUCAGCUUUCACUAUAUAUUCUGAUCUCCCAGAAUGUGUUAUGAUUUUUUUAUGUUCACAAGUUGAGAAAAAAGCAUCAUAAAUCGUCAUGAGAUCAUCGUAACAACGCAGCCUCCUUUGAAUAAUCCGCGCAUGCUCCACGUUCACUUCGCCACACUAACACUUGAUUAAAAAUAAAUAAAUAAAAACAAGCCGUGUAAAUAAAGAUAAUAAUUUUCUUUUUGUACAAAUAGGAUCUUGUAUUAGUUUUCUGGUUCAGCGAGGAGCAUGUGUGAGGGAAAGGAGCAAGAGCGAUUGUGUUUUGAUCUGUGUGUUACAUGUUGUACAUGCACUAGGGUAAAAGCUUUCCCCAUGCUUGCCUCUUAAAGGACUGGACUGGACUUGACCUGCACAACAGACACCGAUUUAUCCCUGUAUAAUAUCGAGCAGAUGUUGACCUUACUGACUCCAAGUAGAAUCAGGAAACGUAUGGUGUUUUCACUUUGGAUGUUGCAUGUUAUGUUGGUGGUUUGUUCAUACUAUUUUUGUGUCCAGAUUCUAUUUACAAAAAGAGAAAAAGAUUAUGAAAAAUUAAUCAGAUCUAAAUAUGUAUGCUGACUGUACAAAGAUAUGCUUGUAUAAUCCGUCUGGUUUUCCACUUAAUGUAAACUGAUGAAAAAAAAUCCAGCUGUCAUGGUUUUUGUGGUUGUACACAAACGGUAUUGAUAAAUUAUGCAAAUUGUGCUGUAAUAAAAGGCUAAUGCCCCCAGUCUAAAUAUUAAAUGAUAUAUGUAAAAUUC